AUGCUUUGUGUAUGGCCGGUUCUGAGAAUGUACAUUUCUUGCCAGAUUCUUCUUUGUAUUGAUGUUGCUGCAACUUCUGCUAAGUCGGCAAAGAUGUCUCAUCAAUUACUUAAACAGGCUGAAAAUAUGUUGUCUGAUAUAUAUCCAGGAGGAUCUCCCAAAGAAGGCUCCACUUAUUGGGAUCAGAUCCUUGAGAUAGGGGUCAUCUCUGUGUCAGGGCGUCUUCUGAAGCGCUUACACAAGUUCUUGGAGCAGUUUUCUGUUACUGACUCUGUGUAUUUCAGCUCUGACAACCCUCCAGCACUUCAGGCAAUUCUGUCUGGGGAAGUUGUUGUGACAUCAUCUAAAGAGUCCCACCGGCAAGAGCAGAGGGAGCGCGCUCUUGCUUUGCUCCAUCUGAUGAUUGAUGAUGCUCAUAUGGGCAAGAGGCAGUUUUUGAGUGGUAAGCUUCAUAACCUUGCAAGAGCUGUUGCUGAUGAAGAAACUGAAUCAAGUACUACUAGGGGUGAAGGAUUGUAUGCUGAUCAGGGUGUUACUUCCAACAGUGACAAGGACGUAGUACUCGGGCUUGGGUUAAGAGUUGUUAAACAAAUACCUUUAAGUUCAAGUGGAGGAGAGUCUAGCUUGCAGUCUACUAGUUAUGACAUUAAAGAUGCUGGGAAGAGAAUAUUUGUUCCAUUGAGUGGCAAACCCAUGACAUAUCUGUCACAAUUCAUUCUUCAUGUUGCUGCAAUUGGUGACAUAGUUGAUGGGACUGAUACUACUCAUGAUUUUAACUUUUUCUCUGUCGUUUAUGAGUGGCCUAAGGAUCUGUUGACCCGUCUUGUUUUUGAAAGAGGCAGUACUGAUGCUGCUGGGAAGGUAGCAGAAAUUAUGUAUGCGGAUUUUGUACAUGAGGUGAUUUCUGCAUGUGUGCCUCCAGUUUAUCCUCCACGGUCGGGGCAUGGAUGGGCCUGCAUUCCAGUUGUUCCUACCUUCCCUAAGAGUAGCUCUGAAAAUAAAGUGCUGUCUCCCUCAUCUAAAGAUGCAAAACCUAAUUGCUAUUGCCGAUCUUCAGCAACACCUGGAGUGGCUUUGUACCCUCUCCAGUUGGAUGUGGUGAAACAUUUGGCAAAAAUAUCCCCAGUGAGGGCUGUUUUAGCAUGUGUAUUUGGGAGUAGUAUACUGUACAACAGCAGUAGCUCAUCAAUUUCAAGCUCCUUGAGUGAUGGAUUACUUCAGGCUCCUGAUGCUGAUAGGUUGUUUUACGAGUUUGCUCUUGAUCAAUCUGAAAGGUUCCCGACUCUGAACAGAUGGAUACAGAUGCAAACUAACCUCCAUCGUGUGUCAGAGUUUGCUGUAACUGCAAAUCAAACAGCUGAUGACAGCAAUCUUGAAGCAAGAACUUCUGUUAAGAGAGUUCGUGAACAUGACAAUGAGACAGAGUCAGAUGCUGAUGAUAUAGUUAGUAGCAGUACAAUCCCUGUAGCUCUGGCUGACCUAAGUAGCCAUGGGAUUGAAGCUACAGAUUUCUGGCUCGAUUCCUCAAAAUCUGAAGCUUCUCAACCUGACACGAAAGUUUUUCUUUCUUUUGAUUGGGAUAAUGAACAACCAUAUGAAAGGGCAGUAGAACGACUAAUUGAUGAAGGAAAGCUUAUGGAUGCUCUUGCACUUUCUGAUCGCUUUCUACGGAAUGGGGCCUCUGAUCAGCUUCUUCAGUUAGUCAUUGAACGAACAGAAGAAGUCCAUUCAAAUUCCACACAGCAUCAAGGAUUUGGGGGACGAAAUAUUUGGAGCAACAGUUGGCAGUAUUGCUUAAGGUUGAACGACAAACAGCUGGCUGCUAGAUUAGCCCUAAGGUAUGUACACUCAUGGGAAUUAGAUGCUGCUUUGGAUGUUCUCACAAUGUGCUGCUGCCAUCUUCCUGAGAAUGAUUCCAUAAGGAAGGAGUGCAUACCUGAUGCCGGCUGUUUGGGUUCUGAGUACAUUUUUGAUAAUGUUUUGCAAAUGAAACAAGCUUUGCAGAGGUACAGCCAUAUAUUGAGUGCAGACGAUCAUUAUGCAAGCUGGCAAGAGGUUGAAGCAGAUUGCAAGGAAGAUCCAGAGGGUCUGGCACUUAGGUUAGCUGGAAAAGGAGCUGUUUCUGCUGCACUUAAAGUGGCAGAAAGUGCAGGAUUAUCAAUUGAUUUACGUAGAGAAUUGCAGGGGCGGCAGCUUGUGAAGCUUCUGACAGCUGACCCUCUUAACGGAGGAGGACCAGCUGAAGCUUCACGCUUUCUUUCUUCGUUAAGGGACACAGAUGAUGCUUUGCCAGUUGCUAUGGGUGCAAUGCAGCUUUUACCCAAUUUGCGCUCUAAGCAACUUCUUGUUCACUUCUUCCUAAAACGAAGAGAAGGGAAUCUGACUGAUGUUGAGAUUUCCCGGCUUAAUUCAUGGGCUUUAGGGCUUCGUGUGCUGUCUGUCUUGCCCUUGCCAUGGCAACAAAGCUAUGAUAGUGAAGCAUUUAGGAUACCCUUGCCUUAUAUAUUAAAGGAAUUUCCUUCUUUAAGAGACAACCACAUAAUUACUACAUAUGCAACUAAGGCUAUUGCUGUCAGUAUCAGCUCGCCUCCUAGGGAACAUCGCAUAUCUGUUUCAGGAUCCAGACCAAAGCAGAAGACAAGAUCAGGUGCUCCACAAAGAUCAUCUUUUACAAGCAGUCUAAGUAACUUACAAAAAGAGGCUCGAAGAGCUUUUUCAUGGGCUCCAAAAAAUAGCGUGGACAAAAAUGCUCCAAAAGAUGUUUAUAGGAAAAGAAAAAGUUCUGGACUGUCUCCCUCUGAUAGAGUUGCUUGGGAAGCAAUGACUGGAAUACAAGAGGACCGUAUUUCAUCUUUUUCAACAGAUGGGCAAGAGAGGCUUCCUUCUGUUUCUAUUACUGAGGAAUGGAUGCUUACAGGUGACCCACCAAAAGAUGAAAGCAUUCGCUCUUCUCACAGAUAUGAAAGUGCCCCUGACAUUACACUGUUCAAGGCACUGCUUGCUCUUUGUUCUGAUGACUCAGUCUCGGCCAAAAUUGCCCUUGAUUUGUGCAUUAAUCAAAUGAAGAAUGUCUUGAACUCUCAGCUGUUGCCUGAGAAUGCAUCUAUGGAAACAAUUGGGCGAGCAUAUCAUGCCACAGAAACAUUUGUCCAGGGUCUGCUCUAUGCCAAAUCCCUGCUAAGAAAGCUCGCCGGUGGUAGUGAAUUGCCAAGUAAUUGGGAAAGAAAUAGAGAUACUGAUGACACAUCAUCUGAUGCUGGUAGCUCCAGUGUGGGUAGUCAAUCCACAGAUGAGCUUUCUGAAAUCUUGUCACAGGCGGAUACCUGGCUGGGUCGUGCAGAGCUGCUCCAAAGCCUUUUGGGGUCAGGGAUUGCUGCUUCUCUUGAUGACAUAGCUGAUGGAGAGUCAUCCGCCCGACUUCGCGACAGGUUGGUUGCAGAGGAACGGUACAGCAUGGCUGUGUAUACUUGCAAAAAGUGUAAGAUUGAUGUCUUUCCGGUGUGGAAUGCAUGGGGUCACGCAUUAAUUCGGAUGGAGCGCUACGGACAUGCUCGUGUGAAAUUUAAGCAAGCUCUUCAGUUGUACAAGGGUGAUCCUGGACCUGUUAUUCUAGACAUUAUUAAUACAAUAGAAGGUGGCCCACCAGUUGAUGUUUCAGCUGUUCGUUCUAUGUAUGAACACCUGGCUAAAAGUGCGCCCACAAUCUUGGAUGAUUCUCUUUCUGCUGAUUCAUAUCUAAACAUCUUAUACAUGCCAUCAACAUUCCCCCGUUCAGAGAGGUCACGACGAUCACAACUGUCUGCAAAUAAUAAUUCUGUGUAUAGUCCAGACUUUGAAGAUGGUCCUCGAAGUAACCUGGAUAAUGGUAGAUAUGCUGAAUGUGUUAAUUACUUAAAAGAGUAUGCUCGCCAGCAUUUGCUUGGCUUUAUGUUUAGGCAUGGUCACUACCAUGAUGCUUGCUUCUUGUUCUUUCCCCUUGAUGAAGUUCCACCACCACCACAACCAUCAAUCACAAGUGGAGUGUCUUCUUCAUCACCCCAAAGACUAGAUUCUUUGGCAACUGAUUAUGGAACAAUUGAUGACCUGUGUGAAUUCUGCAUUGGUUAUGGUGCUAUGCCUAUUUUGGAGGAAGUCCUUUCAACUAGAAUGUCAUCAACUGAAUCCCAGGAUGCAGUGGUGAAUCAGUAUACAGUGACAGCCCUUGCCCGUAUUUGCCUCUAUUGUGAAACUCACAAGCAUUUCAAUUAUUUAUACAGGUUUCAGGUAAUCAAAAUGGACCAUGUUGCUGCUGGACUAUGUUGCAUUCAGUUGUUUGUGAAUUCUUCUUCACAAGAGGAAGCCAUUAGACAUUUGGAACAUGCCAAGAUGCACUUUGAUGAAGGAUUGUCUGCAAGGCACAAAGGUGGGGAAUCUACUAAGCUUGUAACAAAAGGUCUUAGAGGAAAAAGUGCAUCUGAAAAGCUGACAGAAGAAGGUCUUGUAAAAUUUUCUGCUCGGGUAUCAAUCCAGGUUGAAGUUGUUAAAUCCUUUAAUGACUCAGAAGGACCUCAAUGGAAACAUUCACUUUUUGGGAAUCCAAAUGAUCCAGAAACUUUUAGAAGAAGGUGUAAAAUUGCAGAGGUUCUUGUGGAGAAGAAUUUUGAUUUGGCAUUCCAACUGAUCUAUGAAUUCAAUCUUCCUGCUGUUGAUAUAUAUGCUGGUGUUGCUGCAUCUCUUGCUGAGAGAAAAAGAGGCAGCCAAUUGACAGAAUUCUUUAGAAACAUCAAGGGCACAAUAGAUGACGAUGACUGGGAUCAGGUCUUAGGUGCUGCAAUAAAUGUAUAUGCAAACAAGCAUAAAGAGCGUCCAGACCGUUUGAUAGACAUGUUAACUAGCAGCCACAGAAAGGUUCUUGCUUGUGUAGUUUGUGGUCGAUUAAAAAGUGCAUUUCAAAUUGCUUCACGGAGUGGUAGUGUGGCAGAUGUUCAAUAUGUUGCUCAUCAGGCACUGCAUGCAAAUGCACUUCCCGUGCUUGAUAUGUGUAAGCAAUGGUUGGCUCAAUACAUUGGAUUUCUUGGUCGAGUUAGAAGACGCUCAAGUGGCGAAAUGACCUCGGUUUCAAGUACCAUCUUUCCAGCAUUUGGCACUCCCAUCUUUGAUUUCGAAGGUUACUCCAACCUAAGAAAAUACGUCAUUGCUCCCUAUGACCGUAGAUAUCAAUUGUGGCAAACGUUCCUAGUGGCAUUGGUAGUGUACUCUGCGUGGGCAUCUCCAUUCGAGAUAGCUUUCAGAAAACUGUUAGUUGGGUCGUUGUUGCCCGUUGAUCUCUUUGUUGAUGCCUUCUUUGCGGUCGAUAUAAUCCUUACUUUCUUUGUGGCUUACUUGGAUAAGUCAACUUAUCUCUUCGUUGACGAUCAUAAGAAAAUUGCUCUUAGGUACGUCAAAAAGUCACACUUCACUAUGGAUCUGGCCUCUACUGUGCCAAUUGGGCAGAUAUAUCAAAUCAUGACGGGCAAGCCAACCAAAAGCGAGGUAUUUGGUUUCCUAAUUAUGUUAAGACUCUGGCGAUUGAGACGUGUUGGUAAACUCUUCGCAAGGUACGUUCACAAACGAAAGCAAGAGCAAACUCAAUAA